GUCAUAUUACAGUACCUACAUAUGAAGUAGAAUACAUGGUGAACGAUCAUGGAGUGGAAUAACACUAGGUAUAAAUCGAUGAUCGCACACGUCAGCCAAUACUCCAGAAGAGGUCUGGAUAGAAGAAAAAGAAUACGAAGAGGAUUGUCUGAUAAUCGAGUAAUUAUCACCCAUCACUUCACCGAAAGAACUGUGACACCUGGUGGUGAUAUAAGUAUGCAGUGUUCUGCUACAGGAGAUAGACCUCCGCAAUUUGUUUGGGAAAGAGAUGGCGUCACCAUGUCUAGUAAUACGGAUCCAAGAUACGCGUUAGGCCAAGUCAUGACAUCAGACAACUCAGUCGUUGCGCAGCUCAACAUCACUAGAGUCAGAGUAGAAGAUGGUGGUUUAUACUCUUGCACAGCAAAAGAAGGAGAUCAUUCCGCCACACAUGAGAACCGGCUCGAUGUUUAUGGACCUCCAUAUAUUCGAUCGUUGCCCCCAAUCAAAGUGCAAAGUGGAGAACCAAUAAAUUUAAGGUGCCCUUUCUAUGGAUAUCCUAUAAGUAAAAUAGACUGGGAACAUAAAGGAAAAACCAUAAAUUCAAACAACUUAUUCCAAAGUCGAUACAAACGAAAUCAAGGUCACCCGAAAAAGAAAACCCGUAGAAGUAUUGCCAAUAUACAUGGAAUACUUACGAUACCAGAAGUCAGUAAAGAAGAUAAUGCUGCUGUAUACACUUGCAUAGUAACAUCGCCUUCAGGUGAAAUGGCAAGAAGAGCAUUCGAAAUACAAGUGAUAGAAGCACCAAUUCUUGAAGACCUUCUACUGGGCAAUAACCUUCAGGAGGGUCAAAUAGUAAAUAUUUAUUGCAACGUCCGAAGCGGAGAUUUGCCGAUACAUUUUGAAUGGUUGAAAGACGGGAAGAGAAUACCAAGUAGCUUAAAAGUAGUAGAAAGAAGUUCGGAGCUCUUUAGUGCAUUAGUAAUAAAGAAAGUGUCUUUGGAACAUUGUGGCACAUACACGUGCGUCGCUUCCAACCAUGUUGCUAAAGUUAACAGAUCCACAGAACUCUACAUUAAAGUGGCACCAAAAUGGCUAGAAGAGCCUAAUAACUCCUCAUUGCUUUUGGGAAGAAGAGGCACAGUAUCUUGUAGUGCUAGUGGGUAUCCCCAGCCCCAAGUCCACUGGAUGAAAAAAGAUGCAAUCUUAGGAACCUGGCAACCUGUUCUUGAGCUAGCUGGUGGUGGAAUUCUAAGUAUGCCAAACGGAACUCUAGUCAUUGAAGAGGUUUCUCUCACGGAUGAAGGCCUCUACUCCUGUAACGUAGAAAACGGAGUGGGCACGCCUCUUAGCAAGACAGUCUGGAUGAGCGUUAAUAAGCCAGUGCAUUUUGAAAUUUCAUCAACCAACGUAACGUCACGACUCGGGCAUCCAGUCACGUUAGAGUGUAGAGCGCUCGGCGAUGACCCUAUAAGGAUAGUUUGGACCCAUAAUGGCAACAGUUUGGAUUUUUCAAGUCACAGAGCGAAGUACUCUGAAGCAAAGACUGCUCUCGGUGUGACGAAUACAAUCAAUAUCCAGUUUUCUGAGGCGGUCGAUGCAGGGUUCUACCAAUGCCGUGCCAGUAAUCCUUACGGCGCUGCUACCUUCAACAUUUUUCUUACUAUUUUAGAGCCUCCGACCCCUCCAUCAGAACUGCGCGUUGAGUCAGUACGGUCACGUACUGCAGUAGUGUCGUGGCGUGAAGCGCGGGCUCACGCUAAACAUUACGCACUUCAAUACGCACCAGCGCAUUACGCUGAUGCAGGUUGGGAACAUGCUGUAAACAUUAACGUGACCAGAAAAGAAAACGACAUUCGCCAAACUAUCGAACUACAAAAUUUGCGACCAGCGACAGCCUAUGUAGUACGUGUUGCGACGGGCAAUGAAGUGGGGGUCAGUCGAUACACUGCUCCCAUACAUCUGACGACUCAUGAAGAAGCGCCUACAUCUCCACCCAUAAACAUUCAAGUAGACCAAACGGAGAAUCCUGGAGAGCUGUUUUUAAAAUGGUCACCACCACCUAAGGAUAAUCAUAAUGGAGUUAUUACUGGAUACCACAUAAAAGCUGUGCCACAGAAUAUUGGCUCUAUUUCAGAAGAUGGUGAUACACGAACGUUAAAAGUGUCACAACUAUCGGGAAAACAAGAAACCACAAUCACUGGUCUCUUGAAAAAUACAAGAUAUGCUGUAACGAUAUCAGCCUUUAACAGUGCAGGUUCUGGACCAUUCUCUCUACCAGUAUUUCAAGAUACUAUGGAAGGAGCACCAGAACAUGCUCCAUCUUCUGUGGAAUGCACUGCAGUUUCUUCUACUUCCCUGAGGGUUGGAUGGCAGCCUAUCGCUAUUCACGGCCAAGGAAGUUCUUUGAUUGGCUACUCCAUAUUGUAUGCUACGGAAGAUAGUGCCUGGCAUAAUCAAACAUCUCUCCACACGGAGAUUUACCUUCAGAGCUUGAUAAAAUACACAAACUAUACCGUCAAAGUAGCUGGCUUCUCUAACUACGGAGCUGGACCAUUUUCAUAUCCGAUUGUAUGCUCUACUCUACAGGAUGUUCCUGAUGCACCCGCAGACAUCAAAGUUCUCAUACUAUCACCUACAUCCUUGUUAGUGAGCUGGAAGAAACCUGAACAUCCCAAUGGAGAACUCCUUUACUACACGGUCUACGUGAAGCCGACGUCAGGAAGCGGUUCACCACAAACCAUUCGUGUGGAUGUAGCACGCACAACGGCAGAUGUUAAGGAUCUUACGACAGGCAGGCCGUUCGAGGCCUGGGUCACUGCUAGUACCAGUGUCGGAGAGGGGUCUGCGAGCAAACGUGUUUCCCAGAUGCCUGUACAACGGGUGGUGGCCGGCGUAGCAUCUCUCGGCGGUUCAAUAUCGGUGGGCGUCGGAUCAUCCCUUUUGCUCGUGUGCCAAUGUGUGGGUAUCCCACCACCUCGCACCGUGUGGUACCACAAACACAACAUCAUCACUCACCAUCCGAGGUUCACUAGGAAUCAUGAUGACAGCUUAUUGAUUAACAACAUAGACCAAUCUCUAAGUGGAAACUACACCUGCCUAGCCAAAAACCUAUACGGGUCUGACUCUGUAGAGUACACAGUCAUAGUUCUACCUCUACCCGAAGCUCCGAUACUGAGGGCUACGCCUUACAAAGAUUCCAUACUGGUCGAAUGGGAACAGCCCUAUUAUGCAGUCAGUAAUAGAAGUUCCGGUCAAAAAAUUUCAUACAGCCUUACAUGGAAAGAAGCAAGCGGACCUUGGCAAGAGGCAUGGUCGCCCAAUAAAUUGGCCAACAAAUUGUCUAACCUUUCAGGCGUACAGAAACACGCACUUACAGGCUUGAAAUGUGGCACAAAAUAUUCUCUGAGGAUUACAGCUACCAAUAAAGUUGGAACUUCACAACCUGCUUAUUUGGAUGUCAGUACUUUAGGUGGAGCACCAAUCCCGCCGACAACAAACGAAUGGUUCUGGAGUAACUGUUCACACAUUUAUAUCCAGCUUGCUGGGUGGGACGACGCUGGCUGCGAAUUGAGGACAUGGGAUGUAGAAUACCGGGUAUUAGGCUCCAGAGGCUGGAUCCGGGCACACAAUACUCUGACAUACACAGACCCUUCUUGGAAUGUACCACUCUAUCAGUCUGGUUACCGAGCCAGUUCUUUCGCCAUUUCCGCGCUAUCGCCAGCCACGUGGUACCAGCUAAGAGUGACCGCCACAAAUGAGGCUGGUAGUGUGACCACGGGCUAUAACUAUGCUACUAAAAAUGAAGAUGGAAGUGAAGUGGGACCUCCUUCAGACUUAUUCGAUCUGAACAUGCUGGUGAUCGUAUUUAGCUCCAUCCUCCUAGCUCUGUGCCUAAUAUGCUGCGUUUACAUUUUAGUCAAAAGGCAGAGAACUAACACCUUCACGGAAUACCGUGACUCCAUCACCGUGGACAAGUCAGAGAGCGGCAACAUCACUGCCAACACUUCGCACAGCAACCUCGCAAACGUAAAGGAAAACGCGAUCAACGCGCAGAACCGGAUAUACAGCGCGCCGAUACACGUGCGGAAUAACAGCAAACAUGAGCUGUACGAGAUAAGUCCGUACGCACAAUUCGCUGUGGGCUUCCGUACGUUCGGUCACGUGGAGAACCAGGAUUUGCCGAACCGACACAUGAAACAAAGAUACGAUACAGAAACAAGUUUCCAAGUGUGCUCAGAAUCAGAAGACAGCGACAGUAUAUCGAAGUCAACAUUAAAAAGUGUGCCAAGAAAAGUAUGCAGAACGCCGCAUCAUAGGUAACUAGAUAGCUAAAUCACCCUCAAAUAUUUGGAAUAUUUCAAGAAAAAUGUUUAUUUGCGAAGUAAAAAUAAUGUUUCAAAAAUCACCAGUUCGGUAUGUUCCUGAUUUCAAAGGGUUGCCAAUAAAGGCACUUGCCAAAUUAGUUAGCAUUUAUUAUUGGCUAAGAAGGUUGUUGGACUUUUGAAAUUUUGGGCUACUUUUAUAUAAGUUU